GGGUGGUGAAAGGAAGAAGGGGGGAAUGAGGAGGGACUUCGGUAUCUUCUUCUUUGGAGGAUCCUAAAUUUCUUCUGCGCAGGAAGAUUUCGUAAGUAGGAAGUUACCUUGAGAGAGAGAGAGAGAGAGAGAGAGAGAGAGAGAGAGAGGAUGCACCUCUACAACGCGUGGCUUCCCCCUCCCGUUGCAGAGAAAUGCAAGGACGAGGAGGCCUCAUUCUUGCUCGUCGUCAAUUCGGUCAGGAAUUCCUGGCGCCCCGAUUACCCUGAUUCCGUCUACUCCACCAUCAAAUGGAUCUCCAUAAUCGACCUCUAUUUAAGAGCAAAAAGCACAAUUUCCUUGGAAGAUGCAAAAGCUCUUAUGGAAAUUGGCCUAGAUAUAUUUUUUGCAUCAAAUGGCAAACUUUAUGUCCAGGUUAGGUGGGGAAAUAUAUUGAUCAAACUAUUGAAGAAGUACAGGAAAGAUAUUUGCUUGAGAGUUCCAUGGAGGCCAUUCUAUGAUACUUUGAUGAGUACUCAUUUUACAAGGAAUCCUGGUGCCGAAGGUUGGAGACUGAGACAGCGACACUUCGAGACAAUUACAUCACUUGUACGGUUUUGUCGAGUUCUUUUUCCUUCAGGUUCUGCUGCUGAGAUAUGGACUGAGUUUAGUCCUUUUCUUGAAAAUCCAUGGCAUAACUCAUCAUUUGAGGGUUCAGGGUUUCUCAAUCUUUUCCUGCCGACAAACCCAGAAAAUCAGGAUUACUUUUCAAAUGAUUUUAUUAAGACCUGUUUAGACCUCUGGGCUUUGGUACCAAAUUGCCACUUUUGGGAUCUUCAAUGGGCUGAUCUUAUUGCCCGCUGCAUAAAGAAUUACAGUACAAUUGAUUGGGAGGGAUUCUUACCAAUACUUUUUACACGUUACCUGAAUAUGUUUGAGGUUCCUGUGGCAAAUGGAAAUGGUGUAUACCCUUUCUCCCUUGAUGCACCAAGAAAUGCGAGGUUCUUAUUUUUUAACAGAGUGUCCAAUCCGACCAAGGCUAUCGCGAAAUCGAUUGUGUAUCUUUUAAAACCUUGUGGCUCUACUCAAGUAUAUUUUGGGAAAUUGGCAAAUCUCUUGGAACAAUUCUAUCAUCCAUCUAAUGGUGGGCGCUGGACACAUUCAUUAGAACGUCUCCUUCGUUACCUAGUGAUCAUCUUCAAGAGACGGCUAUUACAUGAGCAGAAGAGUUUGGUAAAAGGCGAAAGCUCUGAGAUAUUUCUUGGGAAGUCAGAAAGGGCUGCCUUUGUGAAGAUUGUACUGCAGUUUGUAGAUCGUGCUCAGUACAGCAAAAAUGAAUCUCUUGCUGAAAGUGCUGCUGCUGCAAGUUCAAGUUUGUCAUAUAUCGAGCCUACUUUGGUGCUUCCAUCUAUGAUUUCCCGGUUCCAUAUGGCACUGGAGACUCUGACUGCCACACAUCAACUGAGGACUGCAGUUACAGCUGUUGCUUAUGUGGGCCGCGCAUUGUUUUUGUCUAAAAUUUCAGCUUCAUCAAUCAUAGCUGAUGAUGUAAAUAGCAUUUCAGCUGAUGCUUAUGGUGGUCUUUUAGCAGCAUGCUUAUCAAAUGCAUUGCUUGGAAUGGAUGCAAAUGAUCCUCCAAAGACUUUAGCAACCAUGCAACUCAUUGGCUCAAUAUUUUCCAAUCUGGCUAUUCUUGAUGAUGAUGAAAAUCUGCCUGCCUUCCUACCAAAUAUAAAUUUUUCUGAGUGGCUUGAUGAAUUUCUGUGUCGCCUUUUCUCUAUGCUUCUGCAUUUGGAACCAAGCAGCACUACAAGUGAAGGUGUCCAUACAUCAUCCUCAGGAACUUUUCUUGUUGAUGAUGGCCCUUACUACUUCUGCAUGUUGGAAAUACUGCUGGGUCGGUUGUCCAAACCUCUUUAUAAGCAGGCAUUAAAGAAAAUUGCGAAGUUUAUCAGAACAAAUAUUCUUCCUGGAGCUGUUGCAGAAGUUGGGCUUCUUUGCUGUGCUACCAUUCAGUCAAACCCAGAAGAGGCAGCUUCUCAGCUUAUGGACCCGAUUUUGACGUCCAUUGCUUCCUCUUUAGAAGGAACUCCUGUCUCGGGUUUUGGUGGAGGAUCAAGCAACAUGCUUUUUUCGACUAAGGCAACACUGCCUCCGGCACUUGAGACAGCAGUUGAGUAUCAGUUAAAAAUUUUAGCUGUUGCAAUUAGCUAUGGAGGUCCUGUAUUGCUAAAGUACAAAGAGCAACUCAAAGAAACUAUUAAAUCAGCAUUUAAUGCACCAUCUUGGAAGGUAAAUGGAGCUGGUGACCAUGUUCUUCGCUCCUUGCUUGGUAGCUUGGUUCUUUAUUAUCCCAUGGAUCAGUACAGGUGCAUUGCUUGUCAUCCGGCUGCUGGAGCAUUAGAAGAAUGGGCUAGCACAAAGGAUUCUCUUAAUGAACAGCUUCUACAAGCUCCUAAAUGGCAUAUUCCAAAUGAUGAUGAGGUUUCAUUCGCCAAUGAACUUCUAGACUUGCAUCUGAGAUCACCUUUAGAUGAUCUUCUCGCUAUUUGUCAGAGCAAGAACCGCUCAGAUCUGGGACUGGAAAAGGAGCGUCUAAAAGUUACUCUUCUCCGAAUUGACUCUUCACUGCAAGGUGUUCAGUCCUGUUUGCCAGAUUUUCACCCUUCCAUAAGGAGUGGGUCAAAAGACCAAGAUCUAAGUUUUCCUUUUGUUGUGGGAGAAAGUGGAGCAAGUGUUGGCAGCCCAGAACUAAGGGAAAAAGCAGCAGAAAUAGUUCAUAUUGCCUGCAAAUACCUAUUAGAAGCAAGAUCAGAUGACAGCAUAUUGUUGAUUCUUUUGAUUCGUAUAAUGGAUGCCUUAGGGAACUUUGGAAGCAUAGAAUAUGAUGAGUGGUCAAACCAUAGGCAUGCUUGGAAACUGGAUUCAGCUGCCAUAAUUGAACCUCCAGUGAACUUUCUUGUCUCAUCCUUCGCUAAGGGCAAGAAAAGGCCAAGGUGGGCACUGAUUGACAAGGCAUACAUGCAUAAUACAUGGAGAUCAUCCCAAUCAUCUUAUCAUCUGUUUCGAAUCAAUAGCAGCUUGUCUCCAUCAGAACAUCUAUGCUCCCUGAUGGGUGACCUUUUGAGUCUCUCGUUGCAUAAUUAUGAAACCGUCCGUAUCCUUGCAGGUAAAUCUCUUUCAAGGAUAUUCAAGCGCUCUCCAUUUCUGGUUGUGAAGUGUGUCCCCACACUCACCAAAUGCUUGCGUGAUUCCAGUACACCAGAACAUGCAGUAUUAGGUGCUUGUGCGAUCCUUUCGACGAGAACUGUUCUCAGACAAUUGACAUUGGAUUCAAAUGCUUUUUCAUCUUUCCUUCUCGGAAUCCUUGGAAGCUCUCAUCAUGAAUCGUUGAAGGCACAGAAAGCUAUUAAUGAGUUAUUUGUCAAAUACAACAUCCAAUUUUCUGGUCUAUCUAAAACCAUAUACAGUACCUUGGAAGAUACUUCGGAUGGACUCAGCUUUGAGGAUUUGAUUUCUAAGAUCAGUUCCAUGAGUUUUGAUCUUAAUGGCAUCCAUUGGAGGUAUAGUCUGAUGGCUAAUCGGGUUCUUCUACUGUUAGUGACGGCUUCAAAAAGUGUGAAUCUGUCUCCAAAAGUGUGGUCUGAAACUGCAGGACACUUCUUGAAAAGCUUAAGGAGUCAGGUUCCUCCAACAAGGAUGCUUGCAAUUUCAGCAUUGAAUGUUCUGCUACAAGAAUCACCACACCGACUGUCUCAAGAGAAAAAACUGACAGGGGGAAAUUUGAAGUCACCGCUUGAAGAUGCGUUAAUUCAAGUCUUCUCUGAAACUGGAUUUUUUGAAGAGACGCUGAACUAUCUCUCUCAUGAUCAUAUCAUUCCUGACAGUGAAGGUGCAUCAUCUAGACGGAAUCGUGGAACCAUCUCAAAUGCUAUAGAUAAAUCAAUUACACGGUUCUAUUUUGACUUUGCUGCAUCAUGGCCACGCACACCUACUUGGAUCUCUAUGAUUGGAGGGGACAAUUUUUAUGCAAGCUUUGCACGCAUUUUUAAACGUUUGGUUCAGGAAUGUGGAUCACCAGUAAUUUUAGCUCUUCAGAGUUCAUUGGAGGAGUCAUCGGUUGCUAAAGAGAGGGCAAAGCAGUGUGUUGCUGCUGAGGUCUUGGCUGGAGUACUGCAUUCUGAUGUUGGUGGACUUUCAGAAUCCUGGGAUAGCUGGAUAAUGAGCCUAGUGCAAAAGAUUAUCGUUAAUCCUACAGUAGAAUCAACCCCUGACUGGGCAGCUUCCAUACGUUAUGCAGUUACAGGAAAGGGGAAAUAUGGAAUAAAGAUGCCUAUCCUGAGGGACAGGAUUCUAGAUUGCCUGGUGAAACCUUUACCACAUAUUGUAUCAACCAAUAUAGUUGCAAAAAGGUUUUCAUUUUUGGCAGCUGCACUUAUUGAAAUAUCUCCACCUAGAAUGAAAGAUGUGGAAGUCAAGUUUCAUGGUACCCUUCUCAGUGAAUUAAUUGAUUGCAUGAACUUCUCAUCUGCACAGGUCAGAGAAGCAAUUGGUGUCACUCUUUCUGUGUUGUGUUCAAAUAUCAGGCUUCUUACUGCAUUUAGGCAUAUGCACUCACAAGAAUCAUCAGAGCAAAUUGCAACUUACUCCAUUGGAGAUACAAGUUGGGACCAUCAUCUGAUAAAACGUGCAUCUGAGCUUGCAGCUAACAUUCAAAAUACCAAUCAGUCCCUUAGUUUGGAUCCACAGACAGAGUUAACUCUAGAGAAUGGUCAUGAAAAUGAUGUUGUAAAAGAUGAUAUUAAGUGGAUGGAAACAUUGUUUCAUUUCAUAAUAUCAUCCAUGAAAUCUGGAAGAUCUCCAUUUUUGGCUGAUAUAAUUGUUGGCGUGAUGUAUCCUAUCAUUUCUUUACAGGAAACAUCAAGUAAGGAUCUAUCAAUUUUGGCCAAAGCUGCGUUUGAGUUGUUGAAAUGGCAUAUAAUUCCACAGCCUGAUCUUGGCAAAGCAGUUUCCUUACUUAUUUCAUCUUCUAAUGAUUCUAAUUGGAGAACUAGAUUUGCAACUCUGACUUAUUUGCAUAGUUUCAUGUACAGGCACACCUUCCUUCUGUCGGCUGUGGAUAAACGGCAAAUCUGGACACAAAUUGAGAAACUGUUGAAAGAUAGUCAAGUGGAGGUAAGGGAGCGUGCGGCAACUGUUCUUGCAGGCUUAAUGAAGGGUGGUGAUGAAGACCUUGCAAAUGAGUUUCGUGAUAGAGCAUUCAGAGAGGCGCUUUCUCUCUACAAGAAACGGAGACUCAGGAAUUCGGGUUUGGACGUUCCUGCAGCUUUCAUGCAUGGUUCUGUUUUGGCUUUGGUGGCAUCAGUGUUAUCAGUCCCUUAUGAUAUGCCAAGCUGGCUUCCUGAUACCGUCACCUUGUUGGCUCGAUUUAUUGGAGAACCAUCACCCAUAAAAUCAACAGUGACCAAGGCAGUUGCAGAGUUCCGAAGGACCCAUGCGGACACAUGGAUAAUACAGAAGGAUUCUUUCACGGAAGAGCAACUUGAGAUCCUGGUUGAUACGUCCUCCUCCUCUUCAUAUUUCGCUUGAUUUUGUAUAGUCCAUUCAAAUAAAAGAAAAGAGACAUGGUAUAAUGCAUGCUAGGGUAGGAAAUUGAACCAUUUUUAUAAUAAAUAAAAUCUAUUUACAGGGGAA